GUAGAACUCCAGAUGUGACAUGGAGCUGAUGUUGGUGUUUACAAGGCAUCGAGCAUCUAACAGAAAUAAAUCAUGAAGAUAUAUUCUUCAGAGCUGAUUACUGUGGCAGGAAUGUACUCAGUCUAAAUGAGGCUGUUGGUGGAGGUACACAUGCAUAUGUGUGUAUCACGCGCGACAGGUGACGUAUGUAUUCACGGGUCUUUAAUAGCGGCAGGAAAUGAGACGUGUCCCGUUGCUGUCCUGAGAGAAAAGUGUCUCCUGCUGCCAACAUGUUGACCGCAGUGUUCCUGUCAGCCCUCCUGAUGCUCUGGGCGUCCGGUGGGGCAGAGGCGUCUGACCUGCGGGUCUCUGGGAAAUCGAUCCACACCGAUAAAAGUUUGAGCGACAGCGAUGGAAGACACAGCGUGAGGAAGCAGCUACACCCGUACCAGGCAAAAAGUGAUAUCGGCAGGAGUUUGGAUCCUGAGAGCUUAAAAGUGCAAUUGACCCCGACCAGCAGGAGCAAAUUCAGCCUGCCGUCCAUCAUCAAGCUCUACCCGCCCACAUCCCCGCCUCUCAACAUGCACCACAACAUGCCCAUGCGCUUCGGCAGGAACAGUGAUUAUGAUGAUGAAGAGGGGGUCCCAGAAUUGAGCCCCAACAUGCCUCAGAGGUUUGGAAGAGCCUGGGAGGUGUUUGAAAUGUGUGCAGAGUGUCCUGGUGUGGAAGAGGCGCUGCUGCCGCUGCCGAGGCCCUGGAGGAGGAGUCUGUACUGGAGCCUGCUGAGGACUCUGGCCAGAACUACAUAUUCUCUCCCCGCAGGACUGAAGAUUUUGACUUUACAACCGGCUCAGAGGUGGAGACGCAAGAAAAAACCUUUACAGGAUGAAGGAGGAUUAGAAAGGACAACGCUGAAGUGCAUCAUAGCAUGGAAACUGUAAAAAUGUUGAUGAAUAGAAACAAAAGUAGAAAUAUUUAAAUGAAGUUUUAUUAUUGUGACAGAAAAUGUGUCCAAAACAAGAACAAUAAAAGUUUUCAAGCGA